GCUGAUCUUUAGCUAUGGCUCUGCUCACGAUUUUGUCCUUACGGAGUAUUCUGGUAACAGCACUGGGUGACAGCAGGGCCGGCAGUGACAGGACCGUGCCAAGGGAGUGCAACUAGAACCUGGUGCCCUGGGCCCUACAGCUGUGCCCCCCAUGCGCCCUGACCCUGGCCAGCUCUUUGCAGACCUGAGCACGGAGGAGCUGGCAGCCGUGAUGGGCUUCCUGAGCCUGCGGCUGGGGCCGGGCCUGGUGGAUGCGGCCCAGGCACGGCCCUCAGACACUUGCGUCUACUCGGUGGAGCUGCAGCUGCCCCCCAAGGCCGCGGCCCUGGCCUACCUGGAUGGAGGGGGACCCCCGCCCGCCCGGGAGGCACUGGCCAUCGUGCACUUUGGGGCUCAAGCCCAGCCCAACGUGAGCGAGCUGGUGGUGGGGCCACUGCCCCAGCCUUCCUACCUGCGGGAUGUCACCGUGGAGCGCUACGGCGGCCCCCUGCCUUACUACCGGCGCCCCGUGCUGCCCAGAGAGUACCAGGCCAUCGACCGCAUGAUCUUCAGCCGCGAGCUGCCUCAGGCUGCAGGGCUUCUCCACCACUGCUGCCUCUCCACACCCCACGGAGGCCAGCUGGUGACAGUGACCACAGCGCCCCGGGGCCUGCAGUCAGGGGACCGGGCCACCUGGUUUGGCCUCUACUACAAUGUCUCAGGCGCUGGUGUCUUCCUGAACCCUAUAGGGCUGGAGCUGCUGGUGGACCAUGCGGCCCUGGACCCGGCCCGCUGGACCAUCCAGAAGGUGUUCUUCCAGGGCCGGUACUACGACAGCCUGGCCCGGCUAGAGGACCAGUUUGAGGCUGGCCUGGUGAAGGUGGUGGAGGUGCCCCACAAUGGCACCAGUGGGGCGUGGUCCCUGAAGCCGCAGGUGCCCCGGGGCCCGGCUCCCCCUCUGCAGUUCCACCCCGAGGGACCCCGCUUCGGUAUCCACGGCAGCCGCGUGACCUCCCCCUUGUGGACCUUCUCCUUUGGCCUUGGAGCCUUCACUGGUCCGAGGGUCUUUGACAUCCGCUUCCAGGGUGAGAGGGUGGCCUACGAGGUCAGCGUCCAGGAGGCCUUGGCUGUCUAUGGGGGAAAUUCCCCAGCAGCAAUACUGACCCAGUACUUGGACGGCAGCUUUGGCAUCGGCAGGUUCUCCACGCCCCUGACCCGCGGAGUGGACUGCCCCUACCUGGCCACCUACCUGGACUGGCACUUCCUGGUGGAAUCGCAGGCCCCCAAGACCAUCCGGGAUGCCAUCUGUGUGUUUGAACAGAACCAGGGCCUUCCACUGAGGCGACACCACUCAGAUUUCUACUCCUAUUAUUAUGGGGGUGUUGUGGAGACAGUGCUGGUGUUCAGGUCUGUGGCCACGUUGCUCAACUAUGACUACGUGUGGGACGUGAUCUUCCACCCCAACGGGGCCAUCGAAGUGAAAGUCCACGCCACGGGCUACAUCAGCUCCUCGUUCUUCUUCGGUGCCGCCCACCGCUAUGGGAGCCGGGUUGCAGAGCACACUCUGGGCACGGUGCACACCCACAGCGUCCACUUCAAGGUGGACCUGGAUGUGGCAGCACCGGAGAACUGGGCCCGGACCGCAGACCUGGCUUUUGUCCCCUCGACUGUCCCCCUGGCGCUGCAGGUGACGCGCAAGCUGCUGGAGACAGAGGACCAGGCCGCCUUCCCCAUGGGCAGGCCCGCCCCGCGCUACCUGUACCUGGCCAGCAACCGCAGCAACAAGUGGGGGCGCCCGCGGGGCUACCGCUUGCAGCCGCAGGGCCCCGUGGGGGAGCUGCUGCCCCAAGACAGCUCCACAGCGGCGGCCUUCAGCUGGGGAUGGUACCAGGCGGCCGUGACCUGGUGGAAGGAGGAGGAGCCCUGCAGCUCCGAUAUCUACAACCUGAAUGACCCCUGGACGCCAACUGUGGACUUCAGCAACUUCAUCAACCAUGAGACCAUCAAGGGGCAGGACCUGGUGGCCUGGGUGACAGCUGGAUUUCUGCACAUCCCACACGCAGAGGACAUCCCCAAUACGGUGACAGUGGGCAACGGGGUGGGCUUCUUCCUGCGGCCCUACAACUUCUUCAAAGAGGACCCCUCCUUGCUCUUCCGGGAGGGUGACAGUGCUGGCGCCUGCGAGCUCAACCCCCAGGCCUGCCCGCCCCGGGUCGCCGCCUGCGCCCCCCGCCUCCCUGCCUUCUCCCACGGGGGCUUCUUGCACCACUAGGAGCAUGGGAGGGACAGACCAGCCUGACUCCCCAUGUCCUUCUUCAGCCCUGCUGUCCCCUGCAUGGCCUGCCUCCUCUGGGGGCACCUGAGCCCGGGGUGCCCAGGAGGGAAGAGGGUGGC